CUGAUCAACAGCCCUCCGAUACACAUCAUAUCAACCGUCAGUUCAUUUGAUCUAGACCAUGUACCACUUGUACACGGGAGCAUCCGCGAUGUCUUCGUAUCCCGGAACAUGGAAAAGCUUGUCUAUAUUAUCUGCAGCGGAAGAGGCGAACAGAAAAGCAGCCAUGAACCCCGUGACAUCACCCGCCCGCAAGGUCCCCGAAUCUCUUGCCCUUUUAAUCUCAUCCUCCGCUCCGCCCUUCUUCCCCCCCGAUCGAUUCUCCACAUUGAUUCACCAUCAUGGCUGCCAGUAAUGAUGUUCGGGGUUGGAUCAUGAGCGGUGUCUCCGGCGUCGCCUGCGUCUUGGGGUCCGCUGUCAUAUGUGUUGACGUUCUACUCCGCCACUUCUCGAGAGGUAAAGGUUUCCAGAUCGUGAAUAAUAAUGCCUUUUUGUCGGCUUCGUUGUGUCUCAGUGCGGGUGUUAUGCUCUUCACUUCGCUCUAUAGCAUGCUACCUACCUCUCAAGAGUACCUCACCCGUGCUGGAUGGUCCCCCGCUGCCGCUGCCUACUCCCUGAUCGGUCUCUUCUUGGCCGGCGUCAUUGUUAUUCGGUUCCUAUCUGCGCUUCUUCAUCGUUACAUUCCCUCCCACGUCGUCGGCUGUGCUCAUAGUCAUGAGCCGGAUGCAAACUCUGCCGACCCGGAGCGCGGCCACAGUCACUACCACGGGCAUCACCAUGCUCAUCACUCAGAAGAUCAUCAUGGCUGGACCGAGCGGACUCCUUUGCUAGCGCGGGCGAGCAAAUCCAGUCCCGCGGUGCCACACGCGGGAUCUGAAGAUCCUCACACUGCUUUUUUCUCUGCCGGAACUUGGCGCGUACGUUUGGGCCGGCGUCUAAGUCGUAUGGUGGGCAUCAAAACGCACUGUGACAAGGACGGUCCCUGUUAUGGCUUUUCGCAGAAAUGUGGUGCCGAAUGCUCCAAGACUCUGAUUGCCCCUGAGAUCUCUGUCGCGGAUGACACUGACGUCCACGUCAUUCCUGUGCGUGUGGACAUUGACCAGGUGGAUGGUCCAGAAGAAGACUUGACUACCUCCAACCACACACAUCACAAAUCUGGAGACUCAUCUUCCUCCACCCCUCGUAAUGAACUAUCUGAAUACCCACCCCCAUCUGCGGAAGAUGCGGAUAGCACGUCCAAAACGCAAGUGCUUGGAAGCCAGCAUCACCACCAUGUGCCGCAAAAUGCGUUCCUGUCCAUCGGUCUACAGACCUCGAUAGCGAUCGCUCUUCACAAAUUGCCUGAGGGCUUCAUCACUUAUGCUACCAACCAUGCUAACCCAAAACUUGGUCUGACCGUUUUUCUUGCCCUUUUCAUCCACAAUAUCAGCGAAGGCUUCGCCAUGGCACUACCUCUUUAUCUCGCCCUUCAAUCACGCGGCAAAGCGAUUUUCUGGUCCAGCCUUCUGGGCGGUGUCAGCCAACCGGCCGGAGCAGGCCUCGCGGUCCUUUGGAUCUGGGGCACCGGACGAACCGGUAGCCCCGGGGGCGAUGCCGACUCGUCCUGGGCCGUGUACGGAGGCAUGUUCGCAGCUACGGCAGGGGUCAUGACCUCCGUGGCCCUGCAGCUGUUCAGCGAAGGGUUGGGACUGACCCACAACCGGGGGAUUUCAAUCGGCUUUGCCAUCGCGGGAAUGGGUAUAAUGGGCCUGAGCUUUGCCCUAACUGCAUAAUUGUCGUGAUUCACUAGGCGUUUUUUGGUAUACCUUGGCGUUUGAAUUUGAGUUACUAUACGCACCUCGCAUCUCCAUAGACGAAAAGGGAAGCCAAAGCAUAAAGCAUCUAGGAGUUCAGUCUUUUUCAUGAAUGCGCAACGAGUGAUGAUUCUGAUUUCGGGUCUACGAGAUAUGCUUUACCUAUUCACUUAAUUCAACCUGUUGCUCAACGAAGACUCAACUCACCCUUGUUGCCACUAGGGGUAACAUUCCUUUUACGGGGACACUGUAGAAUGCGAGAUAUGAGAGGUCUAUCGGAGCCCCUUUUUAAAUCACAGCCUUGUAAGUGUGCUGUUCGGGCUUGGAUUAUGCGGUCGAACUGCCUA